CAUGGCUACAACAGGAGACAAGAUUUUAGAUGCUGCUUUGUCAAAGAUUGGAGAGAAGAGUCUAUUCACACGGGAGCUGGAGAAUGCUCUGGAGGAUAAAUCUGUGGACUUUGUGGUGCAUUCUCUCAAGGACCUGCCUACCAAUCUUCCAAAAAAUCUAGUGGUUGGAUGUGUAUACAAGAGAGACAAUCCCUAUGAUGCUGUAGUGAUGCACCCAAAACACAAAGGGAAGACUCUUAAGGACCUACCAGAUGGAAGUGUUAUUGGAACCAGCUCCCUAAGGAGGCAGUCGCAGAUCUCUAGAAAAUUCCCGACGUUUAAGUUUGAGAACAUU